AUGGCCGAUUCAGAAUACACAGAUGACGAGACAGGAUAUGACAGCCCGUCGUACUCACAGGCGGUCGUCAUGGACGCGCUCCUGACGCCAUUCCGCGCGCUUGUAUCCAAGACCGCCCUCCGCAUAUACCUGAACAUAGUCCUGUUCUCUGGUGCUACACUCCUGCUGCUGGGAAUUUCUGGCAUUGCAUAUGCAAUCUUCUACUUCAGAUUCAUUCCCACGGUCGGUGUUGACCGCGAAAUUCAUCUGCAGUUUGGCGAUAUUAACCCCUGGGGAACUGCCUCCUUUGAGUCCGAGUUCGUCUCUUCCCAGCCCUACGAUGUCGCCGUGGCGCUCGACCUGCCCCGCACGCCUUCGAAUCUCAACGUGGGCAACUUCAUGAUCGACCUCACCCUCUACUCCCCUGAGACCGGAUCCGUGCUUCCAACAUCGGCCAACUCGCAGAACAAGAUCUCACAGUCUCGCCGACCAGCGAUUCUGACAUAUACGUCGCCCCUUGUGGAUGUUGCGCGGAGGCUGGCUCGCCUGCCGUUAUACGUGGUGGGCUUGCGCCGUGAAGCUGAGACUCUGGAGGUUUCGAUGAUGGAAAAAGUAGAGUUUGCGCGAGGCACGCGCAACUUGCCACAUAGUCUGAGGCUUGAAAUUCAGAGCGAUGGAAAGAUGCAGAUUUACAGGGCGCGUGUCGAAUUCCGCGCCAGGUUUACGGGGCUCCGAUGGUUUAUGUAUCGCUGGAAGCUUACUUCCUUUGUGGUCUUCAGUUCUUUAUUCUGGACUGUCUCGAUGGCCUCUGCAAGCCUGACAUGGCUUCUUUUGAGCUUGAUCUUGCAACCCGGGACGCUAAAGGAGGAGAUCAAGGAGGAAGAGGAGACACCCGAAGCAAUCAAAGACGAUCCCGAAGACAGCAGCUCGUCGAGUGAGCCUGUUAAGAUCAAGAAGGAGGGAGUCGAGACUAGCUUGCUCCAGAGCUAUCCCCCCGAAGGCGAUAAUGCGGCGACCUGCGGGGCAAUUCUCCGAUUCCUCCUCUUCCCCUCUAAUUCCCCCCAAGUUGCCCACCUCGCCAUGCACAUCCUGGUCACCAACGACGACGGCCCGCCGUCCAACCAGUCGUCGCCGUACGUCCAUUCUCUCGUGCACUCUCUCCAAGCUGCAGGCCACACGGUUUCCGUUGUCCUUCCACACCAGCAGCGCUCAUGGAUCGGUAAGGCGCACAUUGUCGGCGCGUCCGUGAAACCUACAUAUUUCCGCCCCGGCACCCUGCACCAGGAGGACGGAACAGUACACCACUUGCCGCGGGGAAGCAAUGGCGAGCCCGAUGACGGCGGUGAUGAAUGGAUCCUAAUCGACUCGACCCCGGCAAGCUGUGUGCAGAUCGGUCUCUAUCACUACUUCGAGGAAAAGGGUCCGAUUGAUGUUGUGGUUUCAGGCCCGAACUAUGGUCGCAACACCACGGCGCUGUUCGCCUUGUCGAGUGGAACCAUUGGUGCCGCGAUGGAGGGCGCUGUGUGCGGGAAGCGCUCGAUCGCGCUGUCGUAUGCCUUUAGCUCCCGAAACCAUGACCCAGUCAUCAUCGCAGAAGCGUCAGAACACUCUGUCAAGCUAAUCGAAUACCUUUGUGCCAACUGGGUGGACGGCGUCGACCUCUACAGCGUGAAUGUUCCCUUGGAACCUGGCGUAAGCCAGAACAAGGUUCUUUACACUGCUAUGCUAGAGAACAGGUGGACGUCUGGCAGCUGCUUUGAGCCUACUGACCCCACCACCGCCGAUGAUCCCGAGCUUCAAGAGCAGCGGCUCCGUGAGGGCGAAGUCGCCGGAGAACGGCCCGAUCCGAAUGGCAACACCACUGAUAAGCCUGUUGGGCAACCUAGAAUCAAGCAUAAGCACUUUAAAUGGGCACCUAACUUCCAGGAUGUGUAUCGGAGUGUGGAAGAGGGCCCAGCGGGCAAUGAUGGCUGGGUCGUUAAGGAGCAGAUGACUAGUGUCACGCCUCUGAAAGCGAACUUUAUGCAUACACCCGAUAUCACGGGGGAGAUCAAGCUAUCGGAGAACCAGCCGACGGUAUACUCCAUUGUUGACUGUGACGAUCCCUAUGUGCAAGCCCUUGUCGAUCAAGCAUUAACCCGCCGUCUCGGGGAUGCUGCCCGCAUCCAGCGCAUAUCGAGUCUCUCCGAACUGCCCGAUUCCUCGGCGCCGGUAUUCCAGUAUCGCGAAUACGAGCGUCUGGACUUCGAGCAUACAAUGUCGCGGCCAUCGAGUUCACUUGCUAAUGCCUAUAUCAUCCGCAAAGCCUUGAUCCGCAAGCACUACCUAUCCAAUACUGUGGCCAAUUGGAUCUCCAAACACCCGGACAGUAUUCUACAACAUCAUUUCAAGCCCGCGUUCGACUUUGAGCUUGACUACGCCGAGUUCCUCGACGAAGCUCUGCUGGAGGCAUAUGAGUUGCGCGAGAGUCUGGAGAAGAACGAAGAGCGGCCGGAAUCUGAAAAGGAAUGGUGGAUCCUGAAGCCCGGUAUGAGUGACCGCGGCCAAGGCAUACGGCUCUUCAACAGCGAAGACCAACUGCGCGAGAUUUUCGAAGGUUGGGAGGAAGACUCUGACGAGGAAGACGAGAGCGGCUCUGAGACGAACGUGGACAACGACAGCACUCCUGCCGCACACGACGAAGGCGUUGUCACCUCCCAACUCCGCCACUUCAUGACCCAGCCUUACAUUGACCCCCCACUCCUCCUGCCCUCUUCCUCGCACCGCAAAUUCCACAUCCGCACCUACGUCCUCGCAACAGGCGCCCUGAAGGUCUACGUCUUCAGGGAGAUGCUCGCCCUCUUCGCCGCAAAGUCCUACUGCGCCCCCCACGAGGAGGAAGACGAAAUCAAAGACUUGGCUCGCCACUUGACCAACACAUGCUUCCAGGAAGGCGGCAGCUCUAACGAGGGCAGUGUGCGCCGCUUCUGGCAGCUUGACCACCACGUCCCCGGCCUCUCUGCAGACUGGAAGGAGAAGAUCUUCGAGCAGAUCUGCGCGGUGACGGGCGAGGUGUUCGAGGCCGCGGCACGGGGAAUGAUGGUGCAUUUCCAGACGCUGCCGAAUGCGUUUGAGCUGUUUGGUGUCGAUUUCUUGGUUGACAGUGAGGGGAAUGCGUGGUUGUUGGAGUUGAAUGCGUUCCCGGAUUUCGCACAGACAGGCGAGGAUCUUAAGGAGGUGGUUGUUGGGCGAUUGUUUGAGGAGACGAUUGACGUUGCUGUCAAGCCGUUCUUUGGGCUGGGUGAGGAUUCUGGGAAAGGUGAUAUGAAGUUGGUUGCGGAUUUGGACCUGGGAAGGCAUGCAUAG